AUACUUGAUCCGGUGUUUGUUUGUGAACAGAAUCAAUUUUUUCCCGUCUGACGGAAAAGCCCUACGAUUUCUCCUUAAUUUUGAUCUGAGGAGGAGGAAGAUGGAUGAAGAGUUGUUGGAAUUGCAGAGACAGUUCGAGUUCGCUCAGCAGGUGAAGUCAAGCGUCAGAUUAUCCGAUCGAAACGUCGUCGAAUUGGUUCAGAAGCUUCAGGAGCUUCGCGUCAUCGACUUCGAUCUCCUCCACACUGUCACCGGAAAAGAAUACAUCACUCAGGAGCAAUUGAAGAAUGAAAUCGCCACCGAGAUCAGUAAACUGGGCCGUGUCUCGGUUAUCGAUCUGGCGGAUACGAUCGGGGUUGAUUUGUAUCAUGUGGAGAAGCAAGCACAGGAUGUGGUCUUGAGUGAUCCAGGGCUAAUGCUUGUCCAGGGAGAGAUCAUAUCACAAACCUAUUGGGACUCAAUCGCAGAAGAGAUCAACGAGAGGCUCCAAGAAUGCAGCCAAAUCUCUGUGGCUGAACUUGCUGGUCAGUUACAGGUUGGCUCUGAGUUGGUGCAAUCCGUUUUAGAGCCUCGCCUUGGAACUUUGGUGAAAGCAAGGCUAGAAGGUGGACAGUUAUAUACGCCUGCUUAUGUAGCACGUGUUACCGCUAUGGUUCGAGGUGCUUCCAGGGGUAUCUUUGUUCCUUCCAAUUUGUCUGCUUUGUGGGCGCCGUUACAACAGUUGGUGCAACAAAUGAAUGGAUCUAGUGGAGUCGCUGUUGAGAAUGCGUUUUUCCAGUCUAUAUUUAACCGUCUGUUGAAGGAAGAGGAGAUGCUUGGAUCACUACGUGCUGGCACCCAUUGGACUCCUUCUGUUUUUGCUGUUGCUCAAAAGGAAUGCGUAGACUCUUUCUUCUCACAGAAUUCUUAUAUUCCCUAUGAGACCAUGCAGAAGCUUGGGAUUUCUCAAGCCGUGCAGUUCUUACAGUCUAGAUAUCCAGAUGGGAAACCUUUAUCUGCAGUAUUUAUUCAUUCUUCGAUGAUUGAGAUGCUGGAUUCUACAACCGAGGAUGCUAUUGAACAAAACAGCUGGAUCGAUUCCCUCUCUGUAUUGCCUGCGUCAUUCACAUCACAGGAUGCAAACAAGAUUCUGCUUCUUUGUCCCUCCGUCCAAUCAGCUCUCAAGGCUGAGAAAGCACUUAUCCUGGCUGAAUCCUAUGUCAUAAGCAGUGGGUUCAUAAAGGGCAUAUAUGAUCAAAUUGAGAAAGAUGCAGAAGCUUUUAGCAUCCAAGCUUCUACUGCUAGUCUGAUAGAUCAUCCAAGCAAAUCUUCAGAGUCGCAAGAAAGCAUACCUGCUAAUACAGAUAAAGGAUCAAAGAAGAAGAGAGGCAAGUCUGCCAGCAUGAAGACAGCAACCGUAGAAACUGUUCCAGAUGAUGAAGAAGAAGCCCGUCCUAAAUCUAAGAGAAACCAGAAGAAAGGCAGGGAUUCAUCCUCGUCACAGAAGUUGGAUGCGAAAGCAGGAGGCAAGAAAGAGUCCGUUAAGGCGCAAGAAGGUAAUAACUUUAUCCCCCCGGACGGAUGGGUGAUGAAAAAGAUCGUCGACUCUGUGCCUGAGUUUGAAGAUGAAGGUAUGGAGAACCCAGAUUCAAUUCUCAAGCAUCUAGCUGACCUUAUGAGACCGAUGCUCAUUAACUCAUUAAAGGAGAGAAGAAAGAAAAUCUUCACAGAAAAUGCAGAUAGAAUGAAACGCUUGAAGGAUGAUCUUCAGAAAAAGCUUGAUGAGUCGUUUCUAAAUAUGCAGCUGUACGAAAAAGCGCUAGAGCUAUUUGAAGAUGACCAAUCGACUUCAGCUGUUUUACAUAGGCAUCUGCUGAGAACAACAGCAGCUACAAUUGCUGAUACACUACUUCAUGACUUGGACAUCCUCAACAACUUGAAGAAUGGUAUUGAGGUUGGAGAUUCCAAAGCUCAAGAUUCAGUUUUGCUGGAGUCUUCUGAAAGAAUGGCCCUUGCUAAAAAUCUCAACGGUUCACUCUCGAGAAAGGCCCUUGCAUUAGUUGAGGCCUUGGAAGGGAAGCGUGUAGACGCAUUCAUGACCACCUUCAGAGACCUGGCAGAGGAAAGUGGAUUGGCCUUGAAAAAGCUUGACAAGAAACUGGAAAGAACUCUCCUACAUGCAUAUCGCAAGGAUUUGAUAUCUCAAGUUUCUACCGAAUCAGACCCUGUUGCACUUCUCGCCAAAGUUGUCUCUCUCCUCUAUAUUAAGGCGCACAAUAAAGCUUUACAAGCCCCAGGUAGAGCUAUUGCUGCAGCUAUUUCACACUUGAAGGAUAAACUUGAUGAAUCUGCGUACAAAACUUUGACCGAUUACCAAAAAGCAACUGUAACGCUUCUUGCUCUGAUGUCGGCUUCAACCGGAGAGGAACAUGAUUGCUCAGCAGACAGAAUCCUCAGCAAAAGGGAGCUCCUCGAGAGUCAAAUGCCUGUCCUUAGAUCCCUUGUCCUGGGAGACUCACAACCACAACAAUCUUAGUCUCAACGAAGUUAGAUCUCACAGGCUCCUCAUAUGUUCUGCUGAUAUACUAUACCAAAACGUAGACAGUACAAGUCUUGUUUAAUCCAGUUAUGACCUGUGUUAGAUGAUUUUCGUUGUUACCGGUUGGGAGAUUUUAUAUUUCAAGACACUUUUUUAUUAAGA